CCGAGCGUACAAUAAGGGCCCUUAUGAUACAGUGGAUUUUUCUGAUACCUAUGGCGAAGAAAUGGCAACGCCGUUCGGCGAGGACCCCGUGUCCCACAGAAUCCCUUCCUUGAGGGACAAGGAGCACAUCAUUGUCGGGGUCGAGAUGAACACCAGUGGGAUGGUGGCCUUCGCUUUGGUGAUGGGCCUGAGCUUCAUCGGCAUUGCGCUGACCCUCUUCUUGUGCCCAAAAUACGAGAUGGAUAUCUACAACAGGGACGAGCUGCUCCGCGCGAUCAACCUGCAGGCGCAGGGCUUACCCGACGAUCCGUCAAGGCACUCCGCGAUGCAUAUCCAACCUCUGACCCCAGCGAUGGUCCUAACCGCCUCGCCGGUGGCGUCCAACCCCGGGUCCAGGGUGGUAUCACCGACACACCCGACCGCCUAAGGGUCGUCUGCGCCAGCGGCCCCGACACCGACGUUUUUUUCCGAACCCGGACGGGGCGCCUCACGAUUCCCCGACGCGUCGCUCCUGUUUCGCAGCUUGAGCUCGGACGUCGAAGGGAUAACCGGCUACGCCGAUUAUAAUGAGGAGGAGGGGGAUGCCGGCGUCGAGAUGGGCAUGUAGGGUUAGGCCCCGGAGGUUCAGCGUCCGGUGCCUCUCGAGGGCGGCCCG